AUGGCAAGGACACAAAUAUGGCAAAGACACAAAUAUGGCAAAGACAUAAAUAUGGCAAGAAGGCAAAUAUGGGAAAGACGCAAAUAUAGGAUAAACGCAAAUAUGGGAAAAACGCAAAUAUGGGAAAAACGCAAAUAUGGGAAAAACCAAAUUUGGGAAAAACGCAAAUAUGGGAAAGACGCAAAUAUGGGAAAAACGCAAAUAUGGGAAAAACGCAAAUAUGGGAACAACGCAAAUAUGAUAUGGGAUGAAUGCAAAUAUGGCAAAAACGCAAGUAUGGGAGAAACGCAAGUAUGGGAAAAACGCAAGUAUGGGAGAAACGCAAGUAUGGGAAAAAUGCAAGUAUGGGAAAACGCAAGUUUGGGAAAAACGCAAGUAUGGGUAAAACUCAAGUAUGGGAAAAUCGCUAGUAUGAGAUAA